AAUCGUCUCGUAUCCGUGCAACGGGUGUCCGAAGAGCGACCGAAGGCAAAACGGAGAAGAAGUCGGAGGCCUUCUUAGGGUUUGGCCACGAGAGGGGGGCGUGAAUCCGGUCGGUGCAGCUCUCUGCCCCCUGUGUCGCCUCUUUCUUCUCUCAGAUCAAGAUGGCUGGGAGAGGCCGUGUAUCUCGCCAAGCUUUUGAACAGGCUAGGCAUGGUCAUCCUGCCGCUCCUGGAAGGCCCUUUGUUGAAGGCCCUUUCCUUCGCCCACCUCACCCUGCAGCACUUGAGGAGGAACUUGAACUGCAGAUGAUGGACAUUAGGAGGCUCUUGGCUGACAAUCGUGUGCUAGCCGAGGAUCGUUCAGCUUUUCACCGAGAGCUGAUUGCUGCGAAGGAAGAACUGCAUCGAAUUGACUUGGUGAUUGCAGAUAUUCAUGCUGAGAAAGAAGCCCGUUCAAGGGAGCUGAUUGAGAAAGGAUUGAAGCUGGAGGCUGAUCUGAGAGCCACCGAACCUCUGAGAGAUGAGGUCAUACGACUCCGUGCGGAAAUUAAGAAACUAACAACUAUGAGACAAGAACUGACCGACCAGGUCCGGACUCUCACUCAAGAUUUGACAAGGGCACGAGCUGAUAAUCAACAAAUCCCGGCUAUGAAGGCAGAGAUUGAUGAGCUUCGACAGGAGCUUCUCCAUCUACGGAUGUCUAUCGACUAUGAAAAAAAAGGAAACUUUGAAUUAAUGGAGCAAAGGCAGUCAAUGGAGAAAAACUUAGUCUCCAUGGCACGGGAGAUUGAAAAAUUGCGAGGUAACUUGGCUAAUCCUGAGGGAAGGCCAUGGGACCAAGGUGGAGGUUAUGGGAUGAAUCAUGGCAGCCCUGAAGGACCCAUCCCUUCGACAUAUGGGUAUGAAUACGGUGUUCAACCGGGUGCAAGAACAAAGGCUGGAAGGGUGUUUGUUAAACAAAAGCUUGUUUACCAGAAAUCCGACAUGCUGUCUUUUUCUACGCUGGUUUUCCAUGUCAGAGGCUCCAAUAUCAGUUCUGAAGCUGAUAGAUCUUGAUCAUGAGAUGAAGGCUCAAAGAGCACAGUGCAGUAGCCAUAAUAUGUCGGGAUCAGCCCCAGUUGUCACCAUCCGUCUCAGACUUCGAUUGCUGGAGAGCAGCAGAAAUCAUCAGCAAAUAUCGACAAACUAACUUUGAGAAAAUAAAAUGUGUGGCUACAAAAUUUGAUCUUCCACCAUCCCCUCGAGCAAUGAUGAACGCAAUGUAUUGGUUUCAUAACUUGCAAGUGUCUGAAGACAAGCCAAAGACCAUGUUGGAGUCGCAAUCAAGAACAUUGUCACUUUGUAGCAGCAAAACAUAGGUAUGAACUAGUGAAGUCGAUGACAGAGAAAGGAAAGGCUGAGCUUGGAUUUAGUUUAUAGCCUCUGUCAGCUUUGCUGCUCUAAAAGUGUGAAACAAUCACAACUCUGCAUCAAAUUCAACUGCACCAGCAAAAUCUCUGAUGGUAGUGUAUGAAUGUUGUGCAUUGGUGCUAAAAGAUCAGGUAGAUAAGUAGCAGCAUGUGGAGCAAUUCUCUCACUCACCAGAGUUAGCCAUUUCUCUUAACUAGAGCUUCAUCUUUGAAUCAGUAGCAUGACCCAAUGGUUUUUUGUUUCAAGGCUUCAAUAAUCUUCCACCAAGUGAGGGAUCCCCAGUCAAGCAACCAUGCUAUUUGAAAAAUAAGAGUCAAAAUGCAUUCAGUUCUUGGAAAUGAAAUCCAUUUCUUAUGGUAUUCUCAUGUAUAGCAUGAAUGAGGAGGUAAAGUCCCCUGAAAUUUUUAAUUGGUUAUGUAUAUAUAAUCUCUGUGUCUAUGUG